AUGCCGGAUAAACGUAAUACAAAACAACCUGGAGAUUUAGCUUCAUUAGAACCUGCCGUGAGGGUUAAGCAGUUAGCGCAUUAUGGGACCAUGGUUGAUGUAGACUUUAAUGUACCACCUAGAAGAUAUUAUAGAUCAGGCUUAGAAAUGGUGAGAAUGGCCAAUGUUUACUUAGCUGAAGGCAGCCUGGAAAAUGCUUACAUAUUGUACAUGAAAUUCAUGACCUUAUUUCUUGAGAAGAUAAGGAAACACCCAGAAUAUAAUACAGUGUCGGCAGAUAUAAAAUCUGAUAACCAAAUAAAAUUGAAAGAAGUUAUGCCUAAAGCUGAGAAACUUAAACAAAAGCUUCUUGAACAGUACACUAAGGAACAUGAAAUUUAUAAAGAAAAUGAGAAGAAAAGACUUAUUGCUGAAGAGGCGAGAAAGAGACAGGAACAAGAAGAUGCGAAACUGGCUAAACGCCUCCAAGCUGAUGAAAAUAAGCAGGAUACCAAUGUAAAAACACCACACUUGCUACAUGCGGAAGAAUGGGCGGCGACACCAUCAGCGCCUCCGGUGGAUGCAGUCUUGUACCCGGAUGAUUUUGCUUCAGAACCAGUUCAACCUCCAGCACACAAUUAUCAUCCAGUCCCACCCUUGAUACCACCGUCACGACCACACCAUGACACUAAUGAGGCUCUGCCCCCCUUGUCGGCGGGGCGAAGGCUCCGUUCGGUCAUCGUGCCAGCCACGCUGUUGGCCCGCUUCCAAACCCUGGCCGCCCCUAACACCGCGCGGAACAUUGAACUUUGUGGAAUACUGGCCGGCAUUCUGGAGCGGGAUCAGCUUAAAAUCACUCAUGUGAUAGUGCCCAAGCAGACUGGCACUGCAGACUCAUGCAGCACAAAUAAUGAGGAGGAAAUUUUCCAUUACCAAGAUCAACACAACCUUAUAACCCUGGGAUGGAUACAUACACAUCCGACUCAAACUGCUUUCCUGUCUUCGGUUGAUCUGCACACACAAUGUUCUUAUCAGUUGAUGAUGCCUGAAGCCAUAGCUAUAGUUUGUGCACCAAAAUAUAAUGAAAUUGGUUACUUCGCAUUAACUCCAGAAUACGGAAUGCAAUUCAUCGCAAACUGCAGACAAAGCGGUUUUCAUCCACACCCCAAUGACCCACCAUUGUUUCAUACUGCAACUCACAUACGUCUCGACCAAACGGCGCCGGUUGAAAUGGUAGAUCUGAGGAGA